AGUCCAGCCCUUUGAAAUGAGGUCUUUGUGUGGGGGAGCUGCAGCCCCGCCCGGGACAGGGAGGGAGGCGGCCCCGGUGGGAAGGGCCCUGCAAGGCCUGCCCAGAGCACCAGGAGCUGGCUGGGGCUGGAGACUGGCGCUGCUGGAGCUGCAGCUGCCUGGCAGAGGGGAAACUGAGGUGGGGGUGUGGCUCUGGGACAGACAUCAGGGCAGGACCUCCCUAGCCAGGGUCCACGGUCGGGCUGGGGGAUGUGGACUGGCUGCAACGUGGGGCGGGGUUAAAGGUCUUCCAGGGCAGCCCUGGAGAGCACCACUCUGCAUUGAGCACCGCCCGGGCCGCAGGCCUGCAGUGGCAGGAGCAUGAGUGAGCAGGGGAGGGAGACAGAGGAGGAGGAGGGGGGAGGUGGUGCUUCCGACACAGCGCCCAUGCUGCCCCGGGGACCUCCCGACCACCAGGCCUCAGCCCUGACGUGCCCAGGGUGGUCGGGGCCCCUGCUGCUGCCCGGCCGGCUGCUGGCCGGGCUCCUGCUGCACCUCCUACUGCCCGCCGCAGCCUUCCUGCUGGUGCUCCUGCCCGCGGCGGCGGUCGUCUACCUGGGAUUCCUGUGUCACUCGAGGGUCCACCCCGCUCCGGGUCCCCGGUGCCGCGCGCUGUUCUCGGACCGCGGCUCCGCGGCGCUCAUCGUGUUCGGGCUUCUCUCGCUGCCGCCGCUGCUGGUGCUCGCCUCGGCCGUCCGCGCCCGCCUAGCCCGGCGCCUCCGCCCGCUGCUGCCUCCGCCCGCUGGGACCCCCGGACCCCGCCGCCCCCCGGGGCGCCCCGACGAGGACGAGCAACUCUGCGCCUGGGUGUGACCCGGCGGCCUCCGAGCUCGCGCGCGACCCCAUCGCGUGGCCCGGCCCGGAAAACUGAGGGUCGCCCCCGCUGCCCCUUCCUGGCUGGGCGCGCAGCGCUCCCGGCUUACGACCCCGGCCUCCCCUGCCCGCAGCCCCGCCCCCGCCACGGAGGGCAGGGGAGGGGAAGAGAGGGCAGGGGAGGGGAAGAGAGGGCAGGGGAGGGGAAGAGAGGGGAGGGGAGGGGAAGA